ACACGGAACCAAUAGUAAAAACGAAGACAAUCCCCAAUCCCCAAUUCCAUGGCAGCAGCUCCUCUCCAUUAAUUCUCACACCCCAACCCCUAAACCCCCAAAUUCCUUAAAUUAAUGACUGCUAUUUAAAUUUAAAUCAAAAUUCGCCGGAGAAAAAUAAAAUUGAGGGGUGAUGGGGAACAAGAUCGCCCGGACGACGCAGGCGUCGGCGACGGAGUACUAUCUGCACGAUUUGCCGUCGUCGUACAACUUGGUGCUGAAGGAAGUCCUGGGGAGGGACCGAUUCCUCAAAUCCAUACUCUGCAAGCACGACGAGGGUUUGGUGCUCGUCAAGGUCUACUUCAAGCGCGGCGACUCUGUUGAUUUGCGCGAGUACGAGCGCUGCCUCACGCGCAUUAGGGACAUCUUCUCCAAACUCGAACACCCCCAUGUCUGGCCCUUCCAGUUUUGGCUUGAAACAGAUAAAGCUGCUUAUUUGUUGAGGCAAUACUUCUUUAACAAUCUUCAUGAUCGAUUGAGCACUCGCCCUUUCCUCAGCCUCGUUGAAAAGAAAUGGCUGGCUUUUCAGUUGCUUUAUGCUGUGAAGCAGAGCCAUGAGCAUGGGGUAUGUCAUGGCGACAUUAAAUGUGAGAAUGUGUUGGUUACUUCCUGGAAUUGGCUCUACCUUGCUGAUUUUGCAUCAUUUAAGCCUAUAUAUAUCCCGUAUGACGAUCCCUCUGAUUUUUCGUUCUUUUUUGAUACUGGAGGAAGAAGACGCUGUUAUGUUGCACCAGAGAGGUUCUAUGAGCAUGGAGGUGAGGCACAAGUGGUACAAGAUGCAGUUCUCAAGCCCUCUAUGGACAUCUUUGCUGUAGGGUGUGUUAUUGCUGAGCUAUUUCUUGAAGGUCAACCAUUGUUUGAACUCUCUCAACUGCUUGCAUAUCGCAGAGGACAAUAUGAUCCAACCCAGCAUCUGGAAAAGAUCCCAGAUUCAGGAAUACGUAAGAUGAUUCUUCACAUGAUUCAAUUGGAUCCGGAGUCAAGAUGCUCUGCUGAGAGCUACCUGCAGAACUAUGCAGGGGUUGUGUUUCCAAUAUAUUUCUCACCGUUCCUUCAUAAAUUCUACUCCUUCUUGAAUCCUUUGAGUUCGGAUGCAAGGGUUCUGGCAUGUGAGACCUCUUUCCAAGAAAUACUUAGACAAAUGACGGGCAAAAUGAGCGGUGAGGAUAUGAUCUGUGAAACGACUUUUGACGAUAGAGCUCAAAUGCCAAAAGCAAUGGGUGCAAAGCAAGAUUCUAAUAGGGCAGAUAAAUCUUUGAGCGAAAGAAAAGAGUCCAACAAGAGCUCAAGUCACGAUCGGUUUGAUCUUCUUGGUGAUGUGAAUACCCUGCUUAGGGAUGUGAAACAAAACAAUGCACAUUUUGGUAUUAAGUCCGUGCCAGAUAGUGUGGUCAAGACUGUAAAUUCUCAAAAUCAGCAGCACUAUGGUCUGCAAUCACCUGGUGAGCUGAUUCAAAGUAUCUCAAAUAUAUUCCACCGAAGUCACCAUCCUUUCUUAAAAAAGAUUACAAUGACCGACUUGAGCUCAUUGAUAUCGGAUUACAACAAUCAAUCUGAUACAUUUGGAAUGCCUUUUUUACCAUUACCUCAGGAUAUUUUAAGCUGUGAGGGUAUGGUUUUGAUUGCUUCACUUCUUUGUUCCUGCAUUCGUAAUGUCAAGGUCCCUUAUAUAAGGAGGGCUGCUGUCCUUAUGCUGAAAUCGUGCUCUUUGUAUAUUGACGACGAAGAUCGACUGCAGCGCAUCCUUCCUUAUGUGAUAGCCGUGCUUUCAGACCCAGCUGCGAUCGUCCGAUGCGCCGCGUUAGAGACUCUGUGUGACAUUCUUCCUCUAGUCAGAGAUUUUCCUCCGAGUGACGCCAAAAUUUUUCCGGAGUACAUCCUUCCAAUGCUUUCCAUGCUUCCUGAUGAUUCUGAGGAGAGUGUGCGGAUUUGCUACGCCAGCAAUAUAUCUAAACUGGCGCUAACUGCUUAUGGUUUCUUAAUUCACUCAAUAAGCUUGACAGAGGCAGGGGUACUUAACGAGACAAAUCUAUCCCGGAAGUCAUCUACACAGGCCACGUACACUUCUGCAGAGCCCAAGAAACCGAACAAUGAUGCACAGCUUGCUCAGUUGAGAAAAUCUAUUGCAGAGGUUAUUCAAGAACUUGUAAUGGGUCCAAAGCAGACACCAAACAUAAGAAGAGCACUCCUGCAGGAUAUUGGCAACCUUUGUUGGUUUUUUGGGCAGAAGCAGAGCAAUGACUUUUUGCUGCCUAUCCUUCCUGCUUUUCUAAAUGAUCGAGAUGAACAGCUCAGGGCUGUAUUCUAUGGGCAAAUAAUAUUUGUCUGUUUCUUUGUGGGCCAACGAAGCGUAGAGGAAUAUCUCUUACCUUACAUUGAGCAGGCUCUACAUGAUAUUACCGAGUCUGUCAUUGUAAAAUCAUUAGAUUGCUUGGCCAUUCUGUGCAGAAGUGGUUUCUUGCGGAAGAGGGUCCUGCUUGACAUGAUAGAGCGUGCUUUUCCUUUGCUAUGCUAUCCCAGUAACUGGGUAAGAAGGUCGGCAGUCGCAUUUAUUGCAGCUAGUAGCGAGAACUUAGGUGCAGUUGAUUCUUAUGUAUUUCUUGUCCCAGUUAUACGGCCAUUGUUACGUAGACAGCCAGCAUCAUUAGCCUCAGAAAAAGCCCUUCUUGCAUGUCUGAAGCCACCCGUCUCCAAAGAACUGUAUCAUCAAGUUCUAGAAAAUGCCCAAAGUUCAGACAUGGUGGGGAGACAGAGAAAGAUAUGGUAUAAUAUAUCGUCGGAGUCUAACAAAUCUGAAGCUGGAGACCUACUUCAGAAAACUGCCAGGGAGUUGGAUCCAAUUAAGUGUUGGUCCGACAGACAAAAUGAUAUUCGUCAUAGCUUUUCCUACACCACAGGGGAACAAACGGUUUCAACUAAUUUCGAUGGUAAUGAGAGCAAGUUCAAAGCUAUUAGAAACUUAACGCAAAAUACUUUGAGUGAAGAGGAAGCCCGUGACCGUAUUGCCUCAGAAAAGUCUCAACUGUCAGGAUUCAUGUCGCCUCAAAUGAGUUGCAUGAACAGCUUUAUCGACAAAUCAUCAGAAAGCAUUCCUUUGUACCACUUUAAGGUUGACAACAAGCGAAUAUCGGGCACUGGUGCAGCUGCUUCCGAUUCUUCUUUACCAUAUAAUUCCUUAGGUCUCAGUACUUCAUCCUUGCCUUGGAUGGAUCCAGCAAACAAAUCGUUCAGUUUAGCAAGUUCGAUACCAUCCCCUAAGCUUGUGUCCGGGUCACUUUUUGUUGGUAAUGGCCCUGCACUAUUGAGAAGAGUUGUGCAUGAAGUAGAAGAUCGAGAAACUGACGAAACAGCUUAUAUCAGUAGCAAAUUUCACGAGAUGGGAGUGCCUGACAGGAUGAAAGGGAGCUCUCUCGCAACGGGCGAUCACUCCUCCUCGUCGGCUGAGGCAACAGAAUUGUCGUCAUUAGCAUGGUCGUCAACCAUUCCCGAUUCAGGGUGGAGGCCUCGCGGGGUGUUGGUUGCUCAUCUACAAGAGCACAGAUCUGCUGUAAACGACAUUUCUAUUUCAAUGGACCAGCAGUUUUUCGUCAGUGCUUCUGAAGAUUCAACUGUAAAGAUUUGGGAUUGCAAGAAGCUGGAGAAGGACAUCUCGUUUCGGUCUAGGCUAACCUACUCUCUUGGGGGGAGUCGAGCAAUGUGUGUUACGGUGCUUCAAGGCUCGACUCAAAUUGUCGCUGGGGCAAGUGAUGGGAUGAUUCAUAUGUUUUCAGUUGACCACAUCUCUAGAGGGCUCGGAAAUGUUGUUGAAAAUUAUUCCGGUAUUGCUGAUGUGAAAAAGACUAGUGUUGGAGAAGGUGCUAUACUCAGUCUUUUGAAUUAUUCGGCUGAUGGUAGCACUAGCAAAAUGGUACUGUAUAGCACACAAAACUGCGGGAUUCAUCUUUGGGAUACGAGGACGAGUUCGAUUGGUUGGAAUACCAAGGUUUCUCCUGAGGAGGGGUAUAUAUCCUCCGUGGUGGCGGACCCGUGUGGUAAUUGGUUUGUAUCUGGAUCGUCAAGGGGUGUGCUUACUCUAUGGGAUCUCAGAUUCUGCAUACCCGUCAACUCGUGGAAAUAUUCUCUUGCUUGCCCUAUUGAAAAUAUGUGCCUUUUUGUUCCUCCUUCUGGUACUCCUUUGUCUGUUGCCACAAGGCCGCUCGUUUAUGUUGCAGCUGGCUGCAACGAGGUUUCUCUUUGGAAUGCAGAAAAUGGGAGCUGUCACCAGGUUUUGAGGGCAUCGAACCAUGACUCUGAUAUGGAGAAUAGUGAGUCACCAUGGGCUUUGACCAGACCAUCUGGCAAGACGAACACUAAACCAGACCCGAGGCGAAGUAUGAAUUCCAAGUACAGAAUUGAUGAGCUCAACGAACCUUCUUCACGCGUACCGGGUAUCCGUGCAUUGCUUCCUUUGCCUGGUGGAGAUCUGUUGACUGGUGGAACUGACUUGAAAAUACGUCGGUGGGAUCAUUGCAGCCCGGACAGGAGCUACUGUGUAUGCGGACCAUCUAUUAAAGGCGUCGGAAACGAUGAUUUCUACGAGACCAAGUCUAGCUUUGGUGUGCAAGUCGUGCAGGAAGCAAAAAGACGACCUCUAGCAACGAGGUUGACCGGAAAAACAAUACUGGCGGCUGCCGCCACGGAUUCUGCAGGGUGUCACCACGAUUCUAUACUCUCUUUGGCUUCAGUCAAAUUGAACCAGAGACUUCUCAUAUCAAGCAGCAGAGACGGCGCCAUAAAGGUUUGGAAGUAGUGAUCUUCUGAACUGCUAUUUAUUGUACAUAUUUUAUUUAAAACUCGGUACAUAAAGUUAUAGGAAGAUAGAUGAACUUGUUUGUUUCCGAUUACCGGAUUACUGUACAGUUUAAUUUCAUAUUUAUGUGAAAGAAAAAUACUUUCAGAUGAUUUGAAAUAUAGUUUGAUUUAGACUUUUGAAGUGGUGGUAGUUUAUUGCAUUUGGCUGGAAAAAAAAGGAUAUUUAGAUU